AUGAGCGCCUCCACAUCUAUCACCAUGAGCUCUGAUGCUCUGAGCAACAUUUCAGACACCUUGAACCAGUCCUCUCCAACUUCCUCCUCCUCCUCAUCCCAACAUACUCGUUUCUCUCGCUUCAAGAAGCACUUCAGCGACUUCAAAAAGGAUUGGGCUCCUCUGAUGGCCGCCAAGGAACACUGGGAAGACGAGUACACCUUCCCACCUGGAAGAUAUGCUGGUCAAGGAUACCAACAGGCAAAUUAA